AUGGCUUGUAAGCAAUCUGUUUGUAUCAUCAGUAAAAGAAGGUUCUGUUGUAUCGUUGUAGGUUUACACGACAACAAGGAAUGGGUGAAAGUUCUAGAAACUGCCAAAGAUGGGACCGUGGUUUCUGGAAGAAAAGAGGCUUUACAGGAGUCGGUAAAGCACGGCGCAAGGAUAAAAUUUGGCACUAACGAUUAUUUUGCCGAAGUUGACAACUGUCAGAACAUAAAUGGUGAUGUAUGCUGCGAGGCACUAAUGCAUAUCGUAAAAUCUGGAUGGAAUGGAUUUCAAGAAAAAGCCUAUUGGUGGAUGACCAAUAUUUGCACGACAGGCAACUGGCACAUGAUCAGAUAUUACGUUGGAAGCACCUUUCUGUCUGAGUCACGGCUCACAUCUGCCUUUAAGUGGUUUGUUUUGAAAACGAACUACCAACAACCUGUUUACUCUACCUUUGCAAAUGGAACUGUUAAGUUGGGUAGUGUAGACACGUUUCUUUCAGCUGUUCUGCAAGGAAAGUCGAUUUCUGUGUCUCAACAGCAGAAUGUUGGCUAUCCUGUGCAAAAUAUUGAGAUAUUCAACACAGGGUCUGAUGCGAAAGCCAUGGUAAGCGCUGAACAUAUCUGGAGCGUCAGUCAGAGAGUCGCAGGAAACCAUCUGGAGUUUCAAGGCAAUGCCUACUGGUGGUUCUUGAUCCUCAACACAGCUGGUACUCGGGAUAUGUCCAGGUGGAGUGUGGGCUCUCACACACCAAGAGGCCAGUCUCGGGAUAAAGUGGACACUGACUGGUUUGUGGAUCCUUGUUGGGUUCCAGUUCAUACCUAUAGCGGUCUGGGCUCAGAUUCAUUGUGGACGAGGAACAUCCUGAAAAUUCUCAUCGAAGCUGGGCACAAUGAUCGUGUGAAGUUCGGUGAUACGAUCGUUGGAGCAGAGAGCAUACGGCUCACAGAGAAGCACGUGGCAGUCCAAAGUAUGUCUGCAUUGGCUAGAGCUGACUCCAAAACGUUUGAGAGUGACUUGAACUGGGAGUUUAGAGUUCUGGGAACGACUGGAGCUGUUCGAACAUAUCGCCCCCUCGUCGGAUCAUCUUCAGCCAGCCCACUGGGCUACACAAUUGACAGACAGGAGGUGACUUAGUACGUUGACACUAGGAAAUGGCGUUUAUUGUUUCACUUGUUGACGGAUGGCAAAGUCGUUAAAGGGUCGGCCUUCGAUGUCAGAAAUGCUGUCGAAGACGGAGCGGACAUCAGAGUAGCGUUCAAACUGCCCGACGAUCCCGGAUUCCGGUAUCACAAA